UAUAUCGAUUGCGAAGAUAACAUGUCCAACACAAUAAAGUCAGACUAUCUAGGCAAAGAAUUGGCAGAUAAAAAGAUCGAUUUUAAAAGCGGUUGGAAUUUUGGUAUUAAGUACAUGACAAAAAAUGCACACCCACACUUAACUUUAGAGCAAGCGACUGCGAUCUACGCAUACACUAUGAGCACGCCGUUGUUCUGCCAAUUCAACACAGCGGUACGAAAUGGCGGCGGGUCGAAUUACAAUACUUUUCCGUUCAAAGCUCUGCAUUUCUACUUGACUAUGGCCUUGAAAAUACUCCACCAGGAACAGAACUCGGGCUGUCGUGAUGUCUUCAGAGGUGAGACCAUUAGCAGGACCGUUAAAGUCAAUGAAAUCGUGCGCUUCGGUCAGUUUGCUUCAUGUUCAGUGGAUAAAGACAGGGCAAAGGGUUUUGCUGGGAAAGACGGGACUGUGUUCAGCAUAAAUACUUGCCAAGGUGUGCUGAUUACUAUGUAUUCUUCGAAAAAGCACGAGGAAGAAGUUCUCGUUCCACCUUAUGAGACAUUUAAAGUGCAGAGCGUCAAAGGCAAUGAGAUCACGCUCUCCGCUCUCAAAGGAGACACGAAAAGUGUCAACAACUGUUUGGCAGUGUCAACGUCUAAAUGAAGUGCCUGAAACUCCAUUAUUUCAGAAAGAAAAGUGGACAACAUUCUGUCUGUCUGUCUCUGCUGGUUCUUGUUCCAACUUGGGAGCUGCAGUAGUUGCUUCAUUGAAUGAACCCUCUCUCACCAAUUGAAAUUAUGAGAGCUAAUUGAUUUUUAUUUUCUGAAAACUUAAAAAAAAAAAAAAGACUUACUUUAUGGAAUGGGUUGCUUGAAUUCUUUCUUACU